AUGGCGUCGCCCCAGCGCGCGCCUCGCGCGGAGCUGGGCGACGCCGACGCGGGCGACGCCGAGGCGGGCGCGGAGGCUGGCGCGCCGUCGGCGCAGGCGGCCGCAGCCCCAGCAGCGGCGGCGGCCGGCGCUGGCGUGGAGGUCGCCGGCUUCGAGGGCUCGCUGCUGGAGGCGAUCGCCGACGGUGCCGUGGCGCAGCCGCCGCUGCUGGCCUUCGGCGCCUGGGUGCAGUGGCGCGCCGGCCCAGGUCGCCGGCUUCGCACUGCGCCCGCGAUCGCGGCCAGCGAGAGCGCGUUGUGGCGGAGCACCAUGGAGGCGCUGCACGGCCAGGACUGGCAGGCGCGGCUGCGCCAGCAGGGCCCCGCCGCGGCGCGCAGCCCCGCGACGCCAGCGGCUGCGCAGCCGCCGGCGGCCGACGACGUCCUGCGGCUGCUGGACUCGCCGGCGCGCGCGUCCGACGCGGGCUCCGACGCCACUGGAGCCCUGUCGGACGGCAGCUGGGGGCCGCUCACGGACGACGAGGUCCUGGAGCGGCUGCUCAAGGACGUGGAGCCGCACGAGUCGAUGCGCGACUUCGAGCGGCGCCUGCUGCGCGCGCGGGCUGUGCUGACGCUGCGGCGGCAGGCGGUGCCGGAGGGCGCGGUCGAGUUCGGCAUGAGGAAGGCCCGCUUCCUGGUGGAGGCGCGGGCCCACGGCGAGGGCGUGGCGGCCGCGCUGGAGGCGAAGCUGCACGCCGUCCUGGACGUCGAGACGGACGACGCCGACGAGGACGUGCGGGCGCUGAUGGACCUCCUCGCGGUGGUGCGCGGCGGCGGCAGCGCUCGCGACGCCGUGGCCGGCGGGGCGCCGGCGCGGCCCCCGCAGGACCGAGCCCCGCCCGCCGGGCCCGCCGGCGUCGGCGUGGCGCCCGCGGGGCCACCCGCCUUCCCCGCCUUCGGCGAGGACCUGCCGCCGGGGCUUCCCCCGCGGGGCGGGCCGACCGAGGCGGGCCCGGCGGGGCCCAGCUUGGCGGCAGCGCUGCAGGGCCUCGCGGGGGCGCUCGGCCAGCGGGCCGACAAGAAGUCGUCCACGAUCCAGGUGAAGCCGCACUACAGUCUGCCGACGCUCGGCGACGGCGACUUCGACGUGGACUCGUUCGUGGAGGAGUUCGAGGAGAUGGUCGGGCUGGCCAACGACGGUGCGGGGAUGUCGGCGACGGAGAUGGUGCGUGUGCUGGGGACCUGCCUGAAAGGCUCGCGUCAGCGGGCUUACAAGGUCGAGCUGCAGCAGGCUCGCCGGUCAGGCAGGCUGUCGGCGGAUCCCGACGAGGUGUACCAGAGCCUGAAGGAGCGGCUGAUGGAGUUCAAGGAGGGCUUGCUGGAGAAGCAGCAGCGGCUCAACGCCGAGUGGAGGACGCUCUCCCGCGGCAAGAUGAGCGCGCUGGAGUUUCAGGCGACGUUCGAGAACAUCGUGGCGGAGAUGGAGCUGGCUGGGAUGGGCAAGUCCGAUCGCGACCUGCUGCUCAGCUACCUGGCGCUCAUCCCUCCCUCGCACCGUGCAGAGGUGCUCAAGGAUCGCCGAGUGUAUCAGCGCUCUGGCGCCCAGCCCGAGGUCCGCGGCGUCGAGACCUGGAGGGAGGCCCAUCGCGUGCUGCUGAAGCUGGAGGAGGCCGAGAGCUCGGCCAAGGCGCUCGUCGCGGCUGUGGGCUCGGACUUCGCGCCCAGCCCGGGCGGCGGCGGUGGCCGGCGUCGGCGCGGUGGCGGUGGCGGCGAUCAGGAGCCGCCCGAGGUCGGCGCUGUUGGCGGCUCCGGCGGCGCCGGCGCUGAGGGUGCUGUGAAGGUCUGCUUCCAGAUGAGGGACAGCGGCACGUGCGCGCGUGGCGACGCCUGCAGGUUCUCGCACGACCGGGCUGCCAUCGCCGAGUCGCGGAGGACCAAGAAGGACGCUGCCGGGCCGAAGGGCAAGGGCGCGGACGGCAAGAAGGGCAAGGGCUCGGACGACGGCGGCAAGGGCGGCCUCAAGUCGCAGCUCUGCCUGCAGUUCCUCCGGGGUGCGUGCAGCAAGAGCGAGAAGGACUGCAAGUUCAGCCACUCGGGUAAGGCAGCUCAGAAGGUCGUUGCAGCGGUCUACGCUGGCGCGGCCGCAGCUAAGGCGCCGCCGCCAAGCCUCGGCAGCGCGGGCUCCCCCGGCAGCGGCCAGGGAGCAGCGCCUGCGGCCGAGGAGGCGGCGCGGCCCGCAGCCUCUGGCGCGGCGCCGAAGGUGCAAGCUGCGGCGGGGGGCAAGCUCGAAUGGGUGCGACCCUGCGGCGGCGUCUUCGGCCCGAGCUACGACCUCCCGCAGGUGAGCGUCGUCAGGGGCUCGCCCUCGCCCGAAGGAGCGCUGAAGGACCUGGACCAGAUCCCCGCCAGCGCCUGGACGCAGGUGCAGGAGCCCGACGACGGGUACCACUACUUGUGCCACACGCAUGUCUACGGCCUCAGCAUCAGGACGCUCCUUGAUGGCGGGGCGGUGUUCUCCCUGACGUGGGAGGCGACGAUCGUCAGCAUCAUCAACAGCGCGAUCGCGGAGGGCAAGUCUCCUGAGGACCCCGACUGGCCGAUCGCGGGCCUGAUGCACUGGGGCCGGGACUCGAAGGCCUCGUCGGUGGCGGACAAGGGCGACCUGAAGAUUCGUGGCAUGGUGGACCUGCGCCUGGCCUUCGAGGGGCUGGAUGGUACGCGAGUGGUGCGUGUGUUUCGCCUUCGGCUUCUGCGCGGGGGUUGGGACAGGCCGUUUCUUAUCAUUCUUGGGGCCCCAGCGCUCGAUGCACCCCCUCUGGGGAUCGGGCACCGGCCUACGCUACAGGGCCACUACUUGCCGGGGCUGGGCAUCACGGUCAAGCGUGCGGAGGCCGACGCGGUGCAAGCGAAGCUGUUGACCAUCUCGGCGGUGUUCUCAGAGUGCGAUGCCGAUAAGCGUCGAGGUGAGGAUCGUCGGGCUGCCAGCGCGGUAGGAUCCCUGGUGUGGUCCGGCGCGGCCUGCCCGAGCUACCCCAUCUGCAUGGUCGGCGGCCAGUGCCCCGCGGAGUUCGGCGGCGGCGACACAGGCGUGAUCGUGCUCGACGACUCGGAGUCCGCCGUCCCCAUCUACCUGAGCGGCGAGGAGGGCGUGCGGCUGGAGCUCGGCGACUGCGCUCUGGUGCCAGCCCGCGCUAGCGGCUUCGCAGCGGGUAUCGUCGGCGACGUGGUGGCGAAUGGCGCGGCGGCCGUCUGGGCCGCCCCCGGCCCUUGGCUCGGCCGGGAGCAGCUCGUCCUGGUCGGCAACUGGGACCAGCCCGGCGUCAGCAUCGAGGUCGGCGACAUCGUGGGCGCCGUGAUCCAGACCGACGGCGAGCCGGCCGGCGACGACCCGUCAGUGGCGCACGUGUGGCAGGAUUGGGACGAGCUGCGGGACAUCGUUGAGCUGGAGGUGCCGACGGACGAGUACUACGCCGAGCGUCUGGUCUACUGGCAGCGGAAGUACCCGAAGGCGGCCACCACCCUCCUCGAGCAUCUCUUGGCGGUCGAGGGCCUGCUGGACGUGUGCAUCGCGGCCGGGUACUCCAUGGGUGCCGAGAAGUCCCUCGACAGGCUGGCUCAGCCCUCCAUCGAGGCGCUCGGCGAGAUCGUGGGCCGCGAGGGCAGCGAGGCGUGCGAGCGGCAUCUGGAGCUUAUCAAGAACUGGUCGGUGCUCGAGGACGUGGCAGCGCUGCGGCGGUUCCUCGGCACGUUCAACUGGAUCCGCGGCCACUUCCCCAAGGAGGUGCAGAAGCCGCUGGGGAUCCUCACGCAGCAGCUCAAGAAGGACGCCGAGUGGCCGAUGACCUCCGAGAAGGUUGCGGCCCAGCGCGCCAUCCAGCAGCUCGCGUGCGAGGCCAUCCGCCUCGCGGUGAUCGACAUGGUCGGGGCGAUCUCGAAGGACCGCCCGCUCGAGCAGGUCGCGGAUUUUUGCCCCUACGGUUGGGGUGGCAGCGUGUAUCAGCUGGCCGCCGACCGCCGCACGCUCAACGUGCUGGCGAUGUACGGCGGCUGCCUCAGCUUGGCGCAGAGCAAUUGGCACCCCCGCCGGGGUGAGCUGUAUGCGCAGCGCGAGACCAGGCGGGAGGCACGUAAGGAUUUCGGUCGGCUGCCCGCCCUGUGCUGGACGGACCACGCGGCAGCGGUGAAGGACGCUACGGGCGAGGCCGAGACGGACUCCACCGUCAUCCGCUGGGUUGGCGAGAUCGAGAGCGACGGCAGCAGGCUGAUGAAUCUCUCGGGGCGGAGCGCGGCCCUUGGUGAUGGCCCCUCCCGAGAGAACGAGGCCCACGGCAAGUUCCUGCGCGAGCAGGCUCACUCCCUGGCGAACAUCACGAUCGAGGACAUCAUCGGCGAUGACUACCGUCCGGGGGAGGGGGUCCCGUGGGGCCUUGACGAGACCCCCGACGCGGCCGCCUUGCAGCUGGUGGCCGUGGCCGGGGCGGAGCGCGAGAAGGGCGACUCCAUCGCGCUGUACCUGCCGGACUACGGAUGCGAGAGGCGGCGGAGCGCAGAGCAGGCGCGGGCAGCUCGACAGCUGCAGCUGGCGGCGCCAGGCCUGCGGCUUCGCAUGAUCCCGCACGACCCUCCGCUGGCAGACGGUGCCGGCGGCCUGUGCUACAUCGCGCCUCCUCGCUUCCCAGGUGAUGCGAGUGGUAAGGCGCGGAAGCAGCUUCGCAAUGACGUGCUGACCGCAGUGGCCGCCGUCUUGCGAGAGUGUGCCGCGCGGUGGCCCAAGGUCGUGAUCGGGACGGGCCACGGCGGGCUGGUGGCGGCUGCAGCGGCCCACCCCAGAGUGGUGGAGGCCGCUCUCGCGCUGCGGUACGCGAGAGAGGCGGAGGGCAUGCAGGUCGCGGAGGCGUGGGUGAACGUCAGGGCGUUCGUGGCGAUCGGGCCGCGCGCCCACAGCCCGAGCAGGAUCGGCUUUGUGCGAGAGGCGUUUCCGGAGUUCGGAGCGACUGCCCACGGCGACGAGCGCCCGGCCCCCCUCUAUUUGGUGGAGGGCGCCGGGGCGCACCGCCGUUUCGGGCAGGACCUCGGCGAGGCGCUGGGCGUGAAGGUGUCGGCCACGCUGGGCGAGGUCCUCAUGCAGGAGGUGGUCUCUGCCCCCCCGCGGCUGCUGGAGUUCAGCGGCGGCCGCUGCGCGUGCGGGCGGAGUUCGCUGGUGCUGGCGCGGUGCGGCCAGUGCAUCAGGGCCGACCGCGAGCUCGAGGAGGAGGCGCGGCUGGCUGAGGCGCCGGAGGAGGCGUUCGGGCAGCCCGACGCGGUCGACGUGGCGGCCUCGGCGGCGCGCAUGCGCGCGGUCCGCCCGCAGCCGGCAGUUGCCGUCGGGCCUGGCCCCUGCAUCGCCGUGUCGGCGGAGCUCGUGCGGGACCUCCUGGAGUUUGGCGGCGGCCGAGCGGAUUUCACGUGCAACUGCAUCCGGGUCCGCCGAGCGCCGGCCGCGGGCGUCGUGGCCUUGGAGGCCGCGCGGGGUUUCUCCUAUCGGUUGUCGUGCUUUGUCGUGCCACAGGGGCCCGAGCCGGGCGUGGAGGUGGCGCUGGCGCAGCCGUGCGUGGAGUUCGGGCUGGAGCUCGUCACGGAGAUCGACGUGGAGCUGCUGCAGGCGGGCUUGCCGAAGGGCGCCGAGCUGGUCCAGCUCUUCGCCUGCGCCUGGCUGCUGUGGGAGGGCGGUGCGCGCCUUCCCGCGCUGGGCGCUACUCACGUGCAUCGGCACUGCAGGGGGUCGGCCGUCAGCAACGGUGCGAUCAUCAAGGUGUCCUCCUACUCCUCCGCCUACUCCGAGGUCUUCGCGGGCGCCCUGGGGCUAUCAUGGUACCGGGCCCUCCGCGAUCGCUUCGGCGGGCGGGCAUCAGGAGCCUUCGUCGAGUUCGCGGACUCCGACUUCGCGCGCGGCGAGCGGGAGGCCUUCGAGGUGCCGGACGUCCUCGGGGCGAUCACCAACAUGCGGGCGCCGGCGUCUGAGCAGGCAUGCUCCGUCGGGCGCGUGGCAUGCGCCCCGGAGCGCGGCACUGCGGCCUUCGACGCGGAGGUGGCGGACGGGCGCAAGCUGGAGGACGCCGACAUCGCCAUCAGGGAGGAGUACGCCGCGAGGGUGCGGGGCUGUGAGCCUGAGGCGGGGAGCGAGCCGUUCGAGCUGUCCAAGUCGCUUCGUGCCCACAUCAUCGGGGACCAGUGGAAGGACGAGGAGCUCGGGGCCGUCUGCAUGCAGCUCCGCGCCGAGUCUGGCGCCGGCGACACCCCCGAGGCGCAGCGUCUCGGGGAAGACUUCGCGCUCGAGCAGUUCGUGACGGUGGGCCCAGGGGAGCAGCGCUGGCUGCUUGUCCUCCCUGCGUCUGGCGGCCCGGGCUCGGGUAUAUCGUGGAGGCGCUUCGUCUUCCUCCACGUUCACGCUGGUCCAUCUGGGGGUCACAAGACGGUGGUCGCCACUCGUGAGUGCGCCCGGCGGCUGGUGGUUUGGCCGGGGCUCGCGGCGGACAUCGAGAAGUGGUGCGCUAGCUGCUGGGCCUGCCUCCGAUUCAGGAAGCAGACUACGAAGGUGCAGGCCAGCUUCAUCGUGGCACGGCACCGGCUUCCUUUUCAUCAUGUGGUCAUCGACGUGGAGGGCCGUAUCACUCCCCCCGACGUCGACGGGCACGCGUAUGUGCUGACCUACAUCUGCGUGACGACGGGGGCCCCCCUUUUCGAGCCGCUCAAGCACCUGCAGCACUCCGAGGUCCGGCGCGCCUUCUUUCGAUGCGCGACUCGGGCCAAGACCUGGCCGAUGCUGGUUAGUUCGGAUCGUGGCAAGGAGUUCUGCAACGCUCUCAUGGAGGAGCUCUGGGCGCUCCUCAACUUCGCAGGCCGCUUCGGCACGUCGUGGAGGCCCUGCGAGCAGGCGGACGCGGAGCGGUCCCACAUCGAGUGUGCGAGGGAGAUCGGCAUCUUCCUGCACGACGUUUUCAAGUGUGCCCCCGGCCAGUGGGCCGAGCUUCUGCCGAUCGUCGAGUUCGUGUUGUGGAACUCGCCCGGCAAAUCGGCGCUGUCGCCGAGGGACCUCUGCAUGGGUUGGUCGUUGGCUUCGCCGCUGGAGAGGGAGCUGCUGCCGCUGGAGCCCGCCGUUCGUGAGGCAGUCUCCGACGUCGCGGCAGCGCAGUUCGAGCAGUUCAGGCGUUUGCGGGAGGUUUAUCUUCAGCAUCGGGCUCGAGCCGGCCGACGCAGAGCGGAGCUGGCGAAUCGCACGAGAUCGUCGAGGCGCCCGGAGGUCGGGGACAUGGUAUUGUUCAAGGACCCGAAGCUCUCCAAGGCCGUGGCCGGGCACGCCCCAGGCCGCCGGCCCCUACGCGGCCCCUUCGAGGUCCUCUCCACGAAGGGCAACGUGGCCACGUUGCGGGACCCCGAGACCCAGCAGGUGCUCAAGGACAUCCACGGGGAUUUCUUGGUCGGCGUCCCGGGCUUGGUGGACGACACGGAGCGCAUCGUGAAGCUGGAGGAGGACGACGGCCGUGGCAGGGCCUCUGCCGGACAGCUUCUGGCAGCGCGGCUGGCCCCUGGAGGCGGCGAGGCCGCCGAGGCGCUGGCGCCGCGCGUGAAGGCGCGGAUGCGAGAGGUGAAGGUCGGGCGGCUCGUCGCCUACCAGGGCGAGGAGGCGAAGCGCUGCCGGGUGGGCAAGGUGCUGAGCCUGGCCGAGGACCUGAGCAGCGUGACGGUGCACGUGUACCAGGCGGCGGUCGACGGACGGCUGCAGGUGGUCUGGACAGCGGCGUACGACCGCCAGGAGGGCGCGGACUUCCAGCGGCAGAGAGUCGAGACGCUGGAGGCGAAGCGGGUGCUGGGUGUCGUGGAGCUCAACAAGGGCGUUCUGAACCACUCGGCGGCGAGCAGGCUGGCGCGGGCCGGCUGGCGGCUGGACGAGGGGACCGUACGGCACGGUGCCUUGGCGGCGGCGGCAGUGGCGCCGGCCGCGCCACGGCCCUCCGACCUCCCUUCGAGCCGCGUCAUCGCGCUCGUCGCAGCUUGCCGUCCGCUCGAGGAGCUCGACCUGAAGAUCGGCGAGGCGGUCCAGAGCUUAGGCGCUGCCAACGCGGUGUGCAGCGUGGUGGCCGGCAUCGACCUCAAGCGCAGGACGUACGGACAGUACUGGGACCUCAGCAGGGCUAAGGACCGUGCCCGGCUUCGCUACCUGCUCUUCGAGGUGCUGAGGCCGGCAGGAGCCCACUGGGCGCUCCCCUGUGCGAAGUGGAGCAGCCUCGGUGGCCACCAGCCCGACGCCAACGCGCACGCGCUGGCCUCCUUCACCAUGGACGGCCUCGAGCACCUCGACGGCGCGGGCUGCCUGGCCUCCUUCGAAGGCCCUCGAGCGCACGCGCUGGUGGCAAGCGCGGAGUGGCAGCAGCGGUUCGGGUCAGCCGAAGCGCCGCGCGGGCGCUGGCGAUACGUGCUCCCCGACGGCUGCAUGUUCCACUGCAGGAGCCCGGACGAGGAGCCCCUGGCCAUGCAGAAGCCGUACGUCAUCGUGGGCAACUUCCCGCUGGACUUGCUGGACGUCCAGUGCCGCCGUGGAGCGCUGCGGCCGCUAGGGCGCGGCCUCGAAGGCGUCGAGGUCGCCUCCGCGGAGCUGGGCGGCGACGCCGGGAGCUCCAUGAUCGGAGCCGCGCGGGCGCCGGAGGGGCCUCGCAUGCCCUGCGAGCCGGGACGCGCGGCCGCUCCGGCUGCUGGGGUGACGAGGUCGGUGGACAAGCUGAGCGACGCUGAGAUGGCGGAGAAGAAGGCACGGCGGGAGCCGGCAGCGGCGGCGGCGAAGAAGAAGUGGGCCGAGCUGGCCAAGAAGGGUGACUGGGACCAGGUGCGGAUGCCCGGCAAGUGCUUCAGGUUUGCCGAGGUGAAGGUUUCGCCGAGGCGCUCGGCAGAGUACAAGGCUAAGGUUCUGGAGGCGGUCGGGCUCGUCGGCGAGUGCGCGGGCUACAAGCACCUGGGCAGCCAGGAGCUGGAGGCGCUGAAGGAGAUGAUCAGCCUGAAGGCCGAGGCGUUCUGGGUGAAGGGCACCGCGCGGACGGUCAUGCGCGGCUUCAAGCACGACGUGGUGACGACCGGCUUGCCUGUGCGUGGGCCGCCGAUCCGCCUUAAGGGCCCGGAGGCUUCCAUCGUCCGCGAGGAGCUCGAAGCGGGCGUGGAGCAAGGGCUGUACUCCAGGGGGACCUCGCCCUGGGGCAGCUGGGCCUUUCCGACCAAGGAGCACGCGAGCGGCCGGAGGCGUCGGACCGUCGUGGACUACCGCAUGGUCAACCGCAGGAUGGUGAUGUUCGUGUACUACAUCCGCCGGUGCCGAGACGUCAAGGGCGAGCUGGUGGGCUGCGCCUUCAUCUCUGGCAUGGACGGCGCUCGCGGCUUCAAUCUCCUGGUCAACACUGAGCACGCGAAGGAGGUCCUGGCUGUGCUGGCGGACUGCGGCUGCUACCUCCCCGAGGUGCUGCAGCUGGGGCCAGCGACGGGGCCCUUCGACUUCCAGUUCUGCACCGACGAGCUGUUCACUGGCACCGGCCGCGGACGCUACGGAUCGGUUUGGAAGAACUACAUCGACGACUUCUGGGUCAGGACGGGGCAGUGGCUGAACGGUCGCGCCUACACCGACCGAGAGUACGAGGAAAUGCUGGCGGCGGCAUCCCCCCCCCCAGCUGCCUCUCGCCCGCUGGGCGACUCGCUGGCAGCAGCCGGGUUCGCGGGGACCCGCAAGGCCAGCCAGAGCUACGACCACGCCAAGGGCGUGCUCGUGGGGCUGUGCGUGGCGCAGUCGGCCACGGGAGCGGCGGCUAUGGAGGGCGGCGGCGUUGCCUUGGCGAACGGCCUCCGCAUGCUGGUGGUGGCUGCCGCGGUGCGCACGGCGUCCUUGGUGGAUGAAGGGCUGCGCGCGGGCGUGCAGCUGACUCAGGACAUCUUCGAGGCGGGUGGCGACCUGGUCCAGAGCGUCUCCUGGAACCUCAGCGGGCUCAUCCACGAGGUGUGCGAGGGGGCGGUCCUGGUGGUGCGCGUCCUGGUCGUCGUGCAGUGCUGCUACGCUCUCUACUGCCUGCGCUCGUGGGUGGCUUGCCGUUCGCAGCGGGCGGCGCUGGAGCGGGCUGCCACCGCCGGCGAGGCGGCUCAGCGCGGACUCACGUCCAGCGCGCGAGCCUGCGAGGCCGGCGACGGGCCCGCCUUCGGCCGCGAGCCGAUGGCCAGAGCGGCAGCCGCUGGGAGGAGCCCGAGCGGGGCCCUCUCAGCAGCAGAUGGCGCCGCCAGCCCUGUGGUGGCGCUGUGGCGCGAGGCGGAGUUCGAGACGCCCCUGCUCGGAGCGGCGGCACGCCCCCGAGCGGAGGUCCUCCAGAUCCAGCGGAGCGCGGCGGUGGCGCUGCGGGACCUGGAGCACUCGGACCGCCAGCGCGCCGCGCGCGCGCGCGACCUGGCCGCUUGCGGUGCGGUGGUGUCCGCAAAGCUGGUAGAGGCUGCGCGCAGCUCAGCAGUGAAGGACGCGGGCGACCUGUGCGAGUUCGAGGUUGAGGUGGCCGGCAGCCGCGGCGUGCGGUACGAUGUGCGGCUUCGCGCUGGACGCUUGGCCGCAGCGUUGCUCCCCGCAUCGUGCACCUGUGCGGACUUCGUCGGCGGCGUCGGCAGCCCCUGCAAGCACAUCGGGGCGGCCUGGUGCUGCGCGGUGGACGGCAACUUCAGCGAGCUGGUGGAGCUGGCGCUCGCGGCCGGCCGCAAGGAGGGAGCUGCCGCUGGACCUCAGCGACGCGCAGCCCUGGCGCCGAGCGACUCCCUUGGCCUCGCGGGGGCCGUGCGGGAGCUCCGCGACUCGGAGGCCGAGGUCGUGCGCCUGCGCGAGGAGGUCCAGCAGCUGAAGGCGCAGCUGGGGGCGACCUCCCGGCGCGGAGCCGUGACCGAGUUCCUCUCGGCGUCGGAGACGCUGGCGGCUUGGGCGCGGGCUUGCGGUGAGGCCGAGAGCUAUGUGUAUGUGGCGUGCUUCACCUUCGACCAGCCGGGCGUGGUGAACUACCUGGAGGCGGCUCGAGCUCGAGGCCUCACAGUCCGUUUGGUGUUCAGCGGCCGUGACAAGGCCCUGACCAACAACCAGGGGCCGCGCCUGCAGCGGCUCCGAGCCUGUGGGUGCGAGGUGCGCGCUCACAAGGGAUCGCGGCUGCACGCCAAGGUGAUGAUGACAGAGCGCGAGAUUGUGCUGGGCAGCUGCAACUUCACGACUGCCAGCUUGGGCAACGUGGAGCGCGGGGCCAGCCUGCAGGAGCUGUCCGAGGAGACGGUGCUCGAGCAGAAGGAGUGGUUCGAGCAGCUGUUCGAGGCGGCGUCGCCCUUCAAGGACGGGAUCGGCGAGGCGCUGGAGGCCGGCUGGGCGCGAGGCCUGGCGGCCGUGGCGCUGAGGCGCGAGGCGCUGGAGGCCGGCUGGGCGCGAGGCCUAGCGGCCGUGGCGCCGAGGCGCGAGGCGCUGAAGGCCGGCUGGGCGCGAGGCCUAGCGGCCGUGGCGCCGAGGUGCGAGGCGCUGGAGGCCCGCCGGGCGAGAGGCCUAGCGGCCGCGGCGCGAGGUGCUGGAGGCCAUCUGGGCGAGAGGCCCAGCGGCCGUGGCGCCGAGAUGGCAGGAGCGCGGCAUUUUGCUGCGCCGUCGACGCCCGGCAGCGCCGGGAGCUAUGAGCGACUGCAUGGCGCCGAGUUCGGCGACUUCAAGGAAUUCAUCGACUUCAAUUUUGUGGAGCGGCACGUCGCGGAGGACUGGUGCCCUGCUCGAGGAGAGGGGCACGUGAGGAGCGGCAUGGGCGCACAGGCGGCGGAGUGCGGGCCGGCGACGACGGCCCCGGGCCCGCGAGGGCCCAUAGGGCCCGAGGGCGGCACCUGGAGGCCGCUCUCGAGGCCCUGA